CGAACUACGCUGGCGCAAUGGGCGCAUGCGCGGAGGUGUGUUGACCUGAGCAGCGGCCACUGGUCGGACGGGGCGAUUCCUGGGCUGAGGCUGCGGCCAGAAGGAGUCGGUUGUGGCGAGCUUCACGGAAGAAGACUUGCAAUGAAUAACCCCUAUGAACAACUCUUGGAGCCGCUUGAUGAGAAUUGUAAAGAAAAGAAAUUCUAUAACCUGUCUAAAAUAGGAGAUGACAGAUAUGCACAGUUGCCAUUCUCUAUCCGUGUCCUUCUGGAAGCAGCAAUCAGAAACUGUGACUGUUUCCUUGUGAAGAAAGAAGAUGUUGAAAACAUAUUGAACUGGAAAGUGACACAACACCAAAAUGUUGAGGUGCCUUUUAAGCCAGCUCGUGUCAUCUUGCAAGAUUUCACUGGUGUGCCUGCAGUGGUUGACUUUGCUGCCAUGCGAGAUGCUGUGAAGAAACUAGGAGGAGAUCCAGAGAAAAUAAACCCAAUUUGUCCUGCAGAUUUGGUUAUUGACCACUCCAUUCAAGUAGAUUUCAACAGAUGGCCAGAUAGUUUACAAAAGAACCAAAAAAUAGAAUUUGAAAGAAACCAAGAAAGAUUUGAAUUUUUAAAGUGGGGCUCUAAAGCUUUUCAAAAUCUGAAGAUCAUUCCUCCGGGCUCAGGGAUCAUCCAUCAGGUGAAUCUAGAAUAUUUAGCACGGGUGGUGUUUGAUCAUGAUGGAUGCUACUACCCCGACAGUCUCGUGGGUACGGAUUCCCACACAACAAUGGUUGAUGGCCUCGGAGUCCUCGGCUGGGGUGUGGGUGGAAUUGAGGCUGAAGCAGUGAUGCUUGGCCAACCCAUUAGCAUGGUUCUUCCAAAAGUGGUUGGUUAUAAGUUAGUAGGAGCUCCAACUUCUUUGGCAACAUCAACAGAUAUAGUCCUCACAAUUACAAAACAUCUUCGCCAGGUUGGAGUUGUUGGGAAAUUUGUUGAAUUCUUUGGCCCAGGUGUAGCACAACUGUCCAUUGCUGAUCGAGCAACUAUUGCCAACAUGUGUCCAGAGUAUGGGGCAACAGCAGCUUUCUUUCCAGUGGAUAACAUAAGCAUUAAGUAUCUGGAACAAACAGGUCGAGAUAAAAAUAAACUGAGUUACAUUGAAAGAUACCUUAGGGCUGUUGGAAUGUUCCGAGAUUUCAAUGAUCCUUCCCAGGAUCCGGAAUUUACUCAGACUGUGGAACUGGAUCUUAGUACUGUGGUAUCAUGUUGUAGUGGUCCUAAGCGACCUCAGGACAAAGUGGCCAUGUCCGAUAUGAAACAAGAUUUUGAAAGUUGUUUGACUGCAAAGCAAGGAUUUAAAGGAUUUCAGAUUGCACCGGUUCGGCAAAACGACAAAGUGACGUUUAAGUACAACAUGCAGGAAUACGAGUUGUGCCAUGGCUCAGUGGUAAUUGCUGCUAUCACCAGCUGUACCAACACCAGCAACCCAUCUGUGAUGUUAGGAGCAGGGUUAUUAGCGAAGAAAGCAGUAGAAGCUGGUCUCAAUGUUAAACCAUACAUCAAAACCAGCUUAUCUCCAGGAAGCGGUGUAGUUACAUACUACUUGAAGGAGAGUGGAGUCAUGCCAUAUCUCACCAAACUAGGGUUUGAAGUUGUUGGCUAUGGCUGCAUGACGUGUAUCGGUAACAGUGGUCCUCUCCCAGAGGCUGUUGUGGAAGCCAUUACUAAGGGCGACCUUGUUGCAGUUGGCGUGUUAUCUGGGAAUAGAAACUUUGAAGGCCGCGUACAUCCCCACACACGUGCCAAUUACUUGGCUUCACCACCAUUAGUUAUUGCGUAUGCUAUAGCUGGGAACAUACGGAUCAACUUUGAAGAGCAGCCUUUGGGCAUUAAUGCAGAAGGUAGGGAAAUCUUCCUAAGGGACAUUUGGCCAACCAGAGAAGAGCUGCAAGCAAUUGAGAGGAAAUUCGUCAUUCCUGCCAUGUUCAAAGAGGUUUACGAGAAAGUUGAGAAAGGAAAUGAAUCCUGGAAUUCUUUGAAUGCUCCUAGUGAUAAAUUGUACACCUGGAAUCCCAAGUCAACAUAUAUCAAAUCCCCACCUUUCUUUGAAAACCUGACUCUAGAUCUUCAGCCUCCUAAAUCUAUUAUUGAUGCCUACGUUCUUUUAAACCUGGGAGAUUCGGUGACAACUGAUCACAUCUCUCCGGCUGGGAACAUUGCAAGAAACAGCCCUGCUGCACGGUAUUUAACUGAGCGAGGUUUAACCCCACGACAGUUCAACUCGUAUGGAUCUCGUAGAGGCAAUGAUGCAGUUAUGGCAAGGGGGACAUUUGCAAAUAUCCGGUUGGUCAAUAAAUUCCUCAAAAAGCAAGGGCCACAGACUAUUCACUUCCCUAGCGGGGAGACACUUGACGUUUAUGAUGCUGCAGAACGUUAUCAACAGGAAGGCCAUCCUCUGAUUAUAUUAGCUGGUAAGGAAUAUGGAUCAGGCAGUUCAAGAGACUGGGCAGCCAAGGGUCCCUAUUUGCAGGGCAUCAAAGCCAUCCUCGCUGAAAGUUAUGAACGUAUUCACCGUAGUAAUCUUGUGGGGAUGGGGAUAAUUCCUCUGGAAUAUCUGCCUGGACAGACAGCUGACAGCCUGCAACUUACGGGUCAUGAACACUACACCAUUGUCAUUCCUGAGUUGUUGAAGCCCAGGAUGAAUGUGGAGAUUAAGCUUGACACUGGGAAGUCAUUCCAAGCCACCAUGAGAUUCGAUACCGAUGUAGAACUUGCCUAUUUCCAGCAUGGUGGUAUCCUGAAUUAUAUGAUUCGAAAGAUGAUACAGCAGUAGCUGUACCCCAUGUAAUCAUGGUGCGGGAGACUGAUCAUGUCGGAAAAUGCAUAGGUUGAAAGCACUAAUUAUUGAAAGUAAAAUUUGAUACUCUCCCAUUCACUUCAUUUGGAUGGAGCAGUGUAUUUGUUAAAACGAGGUUUUUAAAUAGAUAACAAUUAUCAAUAACUUUAUAACAUCCAUGAAUGAGAAAUUUUAAUGACUUGAAUAGAUAACUGUUUUAGCUUUAAUUAUGGGAUUUAUUUUUGGAAGCCACACCUUUGCAAUACUAUUAAACAUGGAAUAUGAGCAAAAUCUGUCACUAUUCUUUGAUGAAUAACAUUUUUUUCUUGAUUUCUCUUUGAUUAUUUUCACAGUUUUCUGUAUUUGCACGGCUGCUGAACAAGAUGAAAAUAUGAAAUAUUAAGUUUAUUAAUGAGAGGUUGAGCAUUUUGGUCUGGUAGAAGAUUAAGAUGAUUAGAUCAUGUUCUUCAAUUAUUGAUUUGUUAGCUUUUGAUUGGAAAUCUGAAUAAUGUAGGCUAUGGAAUUGCAGAGGGUAUAUAAAUGCAAGUUAUUGUUGAAUGGGAUUAGUAAACCAAAAGUAAUUAGUUCAAAGGCAUUUUGAAAAACUUACUUCAACAAAUGUGGGGUUCCACCUGGAAGUUUAUCAUUUAAGAACAAAACUGCUAUAUUCACGCAAGCCUGUACUGUCCAUUCUGACAUUGAUUCUCAUUAGUAGUGGUUGGGCAAUUCCUAGAGCCAUCCACAGAACCAAGUAAUGCAAAGGUUUUUAAAUAAAUUGUUAAGCCCUUGCAAUUUAUUAAAGGUUGUCAAUGUCACCAAGAACACCUUUAAAAACUCCUAAGGAAAAGAAAUAUAGGAAAAAAAGCUAACAGCUGAUCGUGCCCUUUCUGCUUAUUUAGCCCUGCCUUCCCACCCAUAUACAACACGAACUCUCCUAUUUCUUCAACAGAGUAAAAUCUCAUAAGCAUCAUUAUAGGAGAGUUAGUAGACAAAGAUUUGACACAAGCUAACACCAGUAAAGACAGGUGAUCAAAAGCUUGGCUAAAGAGAUCUACUGUAGAAGAAUUUUAAAGCAGAGGCAGAAGGGUUGGGAUAAAAUUCCAAGUUUAAUGGUUAAUUAGUUACCAAAGGCAGAGCAGUUAACUUCCAGAAUGCUGAAUAGGUCAGAAUUGAAGGAACACUGAUCUUAUAGGAACACAAGAUGGAGAGGUUACAGAGAUAUGGAUGAGCAUGUCCCUAAAAAAUUUGGUAUGUGUAAACAGCAAAUGUCACGCCUCUUUUUUUAAAAAAAAAGGAUGUUGGCAAAAGAUGGGCAACUAUAAGCCAGUUAGCUUAAUAUCUGUAGUCGGGAAAAGGCUUGAAGCUAUCAUUAAGGAAGAAAUAGCAAAACAUUUAGAAAGGAGUUGUUCUGUUAGACAGACACAGCAUGGAUUCAGAAAGGGCAGGUCCUGUUUAACAAACUUACUGGAGUUCUUUGAGGACAUAAUGAGUGCAGUGGAUAGAGGGGAACAGGUGGAUGUCAUAUUCUUGGAUUUCCAGAAGGUGUUCGAUAGGGUGCUGCGCAAGAGACUUAUAAAUAAGAUACGGAUGCAUGGAGUUGGAGGAAAUGUAUUGGCAUGGAUAGUGGAUUGGUUAACCAAUACAAGGCAGAGGGUUGGUAUAAUUGGGCGUUUCUCCGGUUGGCAGUCAGUGGUGCCGCAGGGAUUGGUGCUGAACCUGCAGCUGUUUACCAUUUACAUUGAUGAUUCGGAAGAGGGGACUGAGUGUAGCAUAGCAAAAUUUGCUGAUGAAAUUAAACUGAGUGGAAAAGCAAAUUGUACAGAGGAUGUGCAGAGUCUGCAGAGGGAUAUAGAUAGGUUAAGUGAGUGUGCCAAGGUCUGGCAGAUGGAAUACAAUGUUGGUGAAUGUGAGAUCAUCCACUUUGGGAGGAGUAAUAGAAUAACAAAUUAUUAAAUUGUGAAAGAUUGCAGCAUGCUGUUGAGCAGAGGGUCUUGGGAGUGCUUGUGCAUGAGUCGCAAAAAGUUGGCUUGUAAUUGCAACAGGUUAUUAAGAAGGCAGACAGAACGUUGGCCUUCAUUGCUAGAGGGAUUGAAUACAGGGUACUGGUGGGGCCACACCUGGAGUACUGUGUGCUGUUCUGGUCUCCAUACUUGAGGAAGGAUAUACUGGCUUUGGAAGCGGUGCAGAGGAGCUUUGCCAGGUUGAUUCCAGAGAUGAAGGGGUUAACUUAGGAGAGAUUCAGUCGCCUGGGACUAUACUCUCUGGAAUUCAGAAGAAUGGGAGGGAAUCUUAUAGAAACAUACAAAAUUUUGAAAGGGAUCGAUAAGACAGAAGUAGUAAAGUUGUUUCCAUUGGUAGGCGAGACUAGAACUAGAGGACAUUGCCUCAAGAUUCAGGAGAGGAGAUUUAGGAUGGAGAUGAGGAGAACCUGGUUUUUCCAGAGAGCGGUGAAUCUGUGGAAUUCUCUGCCUAGGGAAGCAGUUGAGGCUUUUUCGCUAAAUAUACAGUGGCAUGCAGAAGUUUGAGCACCCCUGGUCAAAAUUUCUGUUACUAUCCAAAAGGCAUAAAGUUAAAGAUGAUACAUUUCUUUAAUAUUUUAAGCAAGAUUACUUUUUUUAAAUUUAUUUCCAUCUUUUACAGUUUCAAAAUUAUAAAGGAAAAGGGCCCGAAGCAAAAGUUUGGGCACCCUGCAUGGUCAGUAUGUACUUAGUAACACCCGCUUUGGCAAGUCUCACAGCUUGUAAAUGCUUUCUGUAGCCAGCUAAGAGUCUUUCGAUCCUUGUUUGGGGGAUUUUUGCCCAUUCUUCCUUGCAAAAGGCUUCUAGUUCUGUGAGAUUCUUGGGCCGUCUUGCAUGCACUGCUCUUUUGAGGUCUAUCCACGGAUUUUCGAAGAUGCUUACAUUGGGAGACUGUAAGGGCUGUGGCAAAAACUUCAGCUUGCGCUUCUUGAAGUAGUCCAUUGUGGAUUUUGAGGUGGGUUUGGGAUCAUUAUCCAGUUGUAGAAGGCAUCCUCUUUUCAUCUUCAGCUUUUUUACAGACGGUGUGAUGUUUGCUUCCAGAAUUUGCUGGUAUUUAUUUGAAUUCAUUCUUCCUUCUACCAGUGAAAUAUUCCCUGUGCCACUGGCUGCAACACAAGCCCAAAGCAUGAUCAAUCCACCUUCGUGCUUAACAGUUGGUGAAGUGUUCUUUUCAUGAAAUUCUGCACCCUUUUUUCUCCAAACAUACCUUUGCUCAUUACAGCCAAAAAGUUCUAUUUUAACUUCAUCAGUCCACAGGACUUGUUUCCAAAAUGCAUCAGGCUUGUUUAGAUGUUCCUUUUCAAACUUCUGACGCUGAAUUUUGUGGUGAGGACGCAGGAAAGGUUUUCUUCUGAUGACUCUUCCAUGAAGGUCUUAUUUGUGCAGGUGUUGCUGCACAGUAGAACAGUGCACCCACCACCACUCCAGAGUCUGAUAAGUCUUUCUGAAGGUCUUUUGCAGUCAAAAGAGGGUUUUGAUUUGCCUUUCUAGCAAUCCUACAAGCAGUUCUCUUGGAAAGUUUUCUUGGUCUUCCAGACCUCAACUUGACUUCCACCGUUCCUGUUAACUGCCAUUUCUUAAUUACAUUAUGAACUGAGGAAACGGCUACCUGAAAACACUUUGCUAUUUUCUUAUAGCCUUCUGCUUUGUGGCAUCAUUUAUUUUAAUUUUCAGAAUACUAGGUAGCUGCUUCGAGGAGCCCAUGGCUGCUGAUUGUUGGGACAAGGUUUGAGGAGUCAGGGUAUUUAUAAAGCUUUGAAAUUUGCAUCACCUGGCCUUUCCUAACAAUGACUGUGAACAAGCCAUAGUCCUAACAAGCUAAUUAAGGUCUGAGAGCUCAAAUCUCUUGGGGUGCCCAAAUUUUUGCAUGGUGCUCCUUUCCAUUUUUUCGCCCUAAACAAAAAUAAUCUUGCUUAAAAUGUUGAAAAGAAUGUGUCGUCUUUAACUUUAUGACUUCUGGAAAUCAGUUCAUCUUCUAUUCACUUAACUAUUUACAGUAACAGAAAUUUUGAUAAGGAUGCCCAAACUUUUGCAUGCCACUGUAUUUAAGAUAGUUAGAUAGAUUUUUACAUAGUAAGGGAAUUAAAGGUUAAGGGGAAAAGGCAAGUAGAUGGAGCUGAGUUUAUGGACAGAUUAGCCAUGAUCUUAUUGAAUGGCCGGGCAAGCUCGAUGAGCUGGAUGGCCUACUCCUGCUCCUAUUUCUUACGUUCUUAUGUACCAAAGUAAAUCAUUAUUGUACUUGGAAAAUGUCAUCUUAAAGGAGCUGCAAUAUUUAAUUUUUUAAAAUUGUUAGAGAUACGGCACAAAAUAGGCCUUCCAGCCCUUCAAACCGCGCCACACAGCAACCCCCAGUUUAACCCUAGCCUAACCACAGGACAAUUUUUACAAUGGCCAAUUAACCUACCAACUGGACCGUCCUUGGAACUGUGGGAGGAAACUGGAGCACCUGGAGGUAACCGUAACCUACACGGUUAUGGGGAGAACUAACAAACUCCUUGUAGGCAGCGGCGGGAAUUGAACCCAGGUUGCUGGCAUUGUACAGUUUCGUGCUAACCACUACACUACCAAUCUGUCCCUCUCCAUGGACUCCUGUUUUAUCCUAUUUAUUAUAUUUCAUCUCCUCAGCUAACUUCCACCCAUAGACUAAAUUUUACAAAUUACUACCCACAAGGUUACGUUUCAAGUAUUCUGUUUUUUUUUAAUUGAGAUACUGCAUGGAGGGCCUUUCUAGCCAUUUGAACCGUGUUGCCCCAGCAAUCUCCUGAUUUGAUCCUAGCCUAAUCAUGGGGCAAUUUAAAAGACCAAUUAACCUACCAACUGGUAUGUCUUUGGACUGUGGGAGGAAACCCACAUGGUCACGGGGAGAAGGUAGAAACUCCUUUACAGGCAGUAUUGGGAACUGAAUCUGGAUUGCCUGUACUGUAUAGCGUUGUGCUAACCACUACGCUACUGUGAUCCACCCCCCCCCCCCCCGUCAAACUUUUUAUUUUACACAUACAACUUUAAAUUUUAUCUAGGAAUUUAUCUGUGGCAUCUAGACUUGAUGGUUGUUACUAAAAUGCACCAUCUGUAAGAAUAUAUCUGCUAUAUUAUAAAAUUUUCUUCAGGUGGCCGCACCUCUAGAAAACCCAAUUUUAAAAUGCAGUAGCCAUCUUUUUCUUUGAGCUCCCGACAAAGGACAAAUUGCAAAUAAUGUUAUCUGGUAUUUUGCUGGUUGUAGGAACGUUUCUGUUGACGUUUACUGUUUUUUUUUUGGAUUGAUGAAUAAAUCAAUAGUAUAAACCAUUAAGUCUUGAAACAUGGUAAAUGACAAAUACUAGUUCAUUGGGUGUUCUUUGACAGAAAUAGGAUAGCCUCGUUGAAUUUAAUGGUCUAACGCACACUUUGGCCCACUGAUGGUUAAGUUCCCACUAUGGUAAUAUCAUUUUCCAAUACCUGGCUUACAGAUUCCAUACAUUGGUGAUUCAAGUCCUCUUCAAGAUACUUGUAUGUUGGCAGAGCCUUUGUCUCUAUCACCCCCUCGGGCAUUAAUUUUCUAGAUUCCAACACUCAAGUGUGAAAAGACUCCGCCUCUCAUUCCCUCUUUCCCUUUACCUUGAAUCUAUGCCCCCUCACUUUACCCAUCUCUGCUAUCUACUCUACUGAUGCCCCCAUAAAUGUAAUAUCCGUCCAUCGGAGCACAGACCCCUCCCCCCCCCCCAACCUGUCCCAUCUCCCCUAAAAACUUAAACACAUCAUUCUAGGUAAGGUUCCAGAGAAACUUCUCUUUAUCUGUCCAGUCAAUAGCACAUCGUUCCUAUAAUAUGGCAGCCAGCACUGGGACUGUACUCACAGGAAUUCAGAAGGAUGAGGGAGGAUCUCAUUGAAACCUAUCAGAUGUUGAAAGGCCUAUACAGAGUGGAUAUGGAGAAGAUGUUUCCUGUGGUUGGGGGAGUCUAGGACCAGAGGACACAGCCUCAGAAUAGAGUAGGAGUUCCCAACCUUUUUUGUGCCAUUAACUGAUGGGCCUGUGAUCCCAGGUUGAAAACCCCUGGAAUAGAGGGACCUCCAUUUAGAAUGGAGAUGAGUAAUUUCUUUAGCUGGAGACUGGCAAAUCUGGAAUUUGUUGCCACAGAUGACUGUGGAGGCCAAGUCAUCAGGUAUAGUUAAAGCAGAGGUUGAUAGAUUCUUGAAUAGUCAGAGCAUGAAGGGAUAUGUAGAGAAGGCAGCUGAGAGAGUAAUGGAUCAGUCAUACUGCAAUGGCAGAGUAGACUCAAUGGGCAGAAUGCCCAAAUCCUGCUCCUAUAUCUUGUGCACUACUCCAGCUGUGACCUUAUUAAUAUUUUAUAAAAACUGUACCAUAACCUCUGUUAUAUUCUGUACUCCAGCCGAGUAUCUUGUAUGCUUCCUUUAAUCACCUUAUCCAAUGGGAAACUUCACCCCAAAGUUCCUUUUCCCCUCAGUAUUCCCUAGAAUACCAUUUACAGUUGUAUAUUCAAAAUUUAGUACUUCCAAAUGCAUCACCGUACAUUUAUCAUGAUUAAAUUACAUUUAUUACUGUUCUGGUAUCAAUGUCAUCCUUUGGUCUAGUAGACAACCCUCCACUCUAUUAAUAAUAUCAAUGACAGUUUAACAUCUCCUACAUUCACGUCAAGUUAUUAAUGUACAGUAUAAAACAAAUAGCAAGAUUCCUGUGGUACACCAUGUCACAGGUUUUCAAUCACAAAACCUCUGCUUCUUGUAAUCAAGCUUAUUUUCGAUCUAAUUUGUCACCAUGCUAUGGAUCCCAUGAAUGACUCUAACCUUUGGACUAAUCAGACCUUACACUGGGCACCUUCUGGGCAGUGUUUUUACAAGGCUGGUAACCCCAACCAUUAUCAAUACUCCUUAAAGGUGUCUGCCUGGCAUCAGUGGUUGCAAAGCCAGAACUUGUGAUAUGCUAAGCAGGAGGUACAUCUUGUCCAAGGGUGACACACAGGUUAGUGGAGCGAAGGAGUGUCUAACACUGUCUUUGGUAGAGAUGUAACUCCACUCCGCCAAGCACAGACCUUACUAAGGUCCAUCACUGUCUUCAAAGACACUAUCUCUUUGGAAAAAUUCAGUCAAACUGGUCAGAUGGUAUCCUUCCCUAAUAAAGCCAUGCCUUUCCAAGUGUAUUUCAGAAUUUUAUUUUCCAAUUACUUUCCUUUAAUUAGCAUUAGAAUCACUGACCUGUAAUUAGCUGGUUUACUCACAGACCUUUGUGAAUACAGCCUCCACAUUUGCAGUUCUGCAUGGUCUGGCAUUUUACUGAUUUGAAAGACUCUCGACCCCAGCAGUUUUCUCCCUUGCUCCCAUAGCAACCUGGGAAACAUGUCAUUCCAUACUGGGGAUUUUAACCACCUUUCAGUCCAAGGCAUCCUCCCUUUCAAUGGUAGUUUUGUAGAAUUUCACAAACCCUCUACAUGAAUUCCCCAACUUUUUUCAGUGAGUACAGGUGAAAAAUAAUCAUUGGAGACUUUACAUACACCCUCAGGCUCUAUGAAUAGAUUGCUCCUUUGGCCCCUAAUGAGGCCUACUCUUUUGCUGGCCACCCUCAUGUCCCUAAUGUAGCUGAAAAUACUUAAAGUAUUUUCUUUGACCUUGUUUGUCAGUGAUAUUUUAUACUCCUUAUGUUUCUAAGUAUCACCCUACACUUCUAGUCCUCCUGUUAAGCCUUGUUUGUUUGGAAUAUACUGCUUCAAGGGAUGAGGCUUUUGUCUUGGAGAAUUAUCAUAGUGCACUGCACAUACCUAUAUUUUCAUAAAUUUACAACAUGGUAAUUUGUCAUUUGUGCAUCUUAAUUCUUCAUAGAAAAUUCAGUAUACCUCUAAAUGACUCGUACAAAUAUAGUUGCUAAAGUUUAAAAAGUUGCCCUACGUAUUUGAGUCAAGCACUUUCUCUUGAGUCUACAGCAUAGAAAUAGUCAAACUGGGCUAUAAUUCCAGAGACAUGAGAACAGCAGAUGGUGAAAUCUGGAGGAACUCAGGUAAAAUCUAUGGAGGGAGAUAAGGAUGCAACCCUUUCACCAGGUUCGUAUACAAACCUGGCCUGAUAGCUAACUCUGCUAACAGCCAUGUGACUCAGUAGUGAGGCCACUUUUCAUAAGCAAUAUAUAUCUAGGGUUGGUAUGAUUUGGGUUCCACCAAACAGGUUACUUGCCUCAACCAUAGGUACUUGGAGCUUAGAAAAACGGAGGGCUACGGGUAAGCCUAGGUAGUUCUA